AUGACGCUAGAAAGCCUACGCCAGGCCUACGCAGACCCAGAUGGGGCCCAAAAGGGCCAAGAUCUGGGCCGGAAGGGCGCCGCCGCCAGCCAUCGCGCCGCUCCGCAGCCAAGCAGCCGCGCCACCGCAACCUCGCCACCUGGAGCUGCGCCGCCCGCGAAGACGCGCCGGUGCCAGAUCCGUCGCCGGCCUGGGUACACCACUGCCGGCCGCCACCACUCAAGCCACAGCGCCGCGCCGGGGGAAAAGAACGGGGCCGCCGCCGGCGCGGCUCCACGCGAGCAAGGCCCGGUGUCCUACCCCGGCGGCGGCGGGAGAGGAUUAGGAGGAGGGGGCGCUGAGAGGAGGGGGAUGGGGGAGCCCCCGGUCGCCUCGCUCGGGGAGGCGACGCGGGGGGCCGGGAGGAGGGGAGGGGGAGGAGGGGGCGGGAAGGGCCGGGGUGCGCGCGGCGGCGGCGGCAGAAACCCUUGCGGGAGCGGGUCGGGAGGGAGAGGGAGCCGGGAAUAA